CUGCAUUCUCGUGACGUCUAUUUUAUCCGACGCAGAUUCAGUUCGUGCCUGGAGGAUUGGAUCAGAUAUUAAAAACACACCUGCGGAGGAUGAACUUAAAACCUGGCUGGCUGCUGCUUCUAACCAUCUCUGCUGGCGUCUGGUCAGUGCCCAUAGAGCGCAAUGGAGGCAACCAGGAGCCUAAAGAGGAAGUGCCAGAGGAGAGCAUGGACACUGGCCUGUACUAUGACAGGUAUCUCAGAGAGGUGAUUGAGGUUUUGGAGACAGACCCUCACUUCAGGGAGAAACUGCAGACAGCGAACACAGAGGACAUCAAGAAUGGGCGUCUCAGUAAAGAGCUGGACCUGGUCAGUCACCACGUCAGGACUCGGCUGGAUGAGCUCAAGCGUCAGGAGGUUUCUCGUCUCAGGAUGCUGCUGAAAGCCAAACUGGACAGCACCAACACUCAGAGCCUUCAGAUGGACCACGCCUCGCUGCUGAAGCAGUUUGAACAUCUGGAUCCACACAAUCAAAACACCUUUGAAGCCAAAGACCUUGAGCUGCUGAUCUCAACGGCCACCAAGGACCUGGAGAACUACGAUGCCGAGCGACACGAGGAGUUCAAACGCUACGAGAUGCUGAAGGAGCACGAGAGGCGGGAGUACCUGAAGGGGCUGGACCAGGAGAAGAGGGAGAAAGAGGAGAAGAGAAUGCAGGAGCUGAAGGACAAACACCGCCAGCACCCCAAAGUCAAUGCUCCGGGUAGUGUCGCUCAGCUUCGUGAAGUUUGGGAGGAGACAGACGGGCUGGAUCCUCAGGAGUUCAACCCCAAAACCUUCUUUAAACUGCAUGAUACAAAUGAAGAUGGUGUUUUAGAUGAGCAGGAAUUGGAGGCUCUCUUCACAAAAGAGCUGGAGAAGGUCUACGACCCGAAGAACGAGGAGGACGAUAUGAUGGAGAUGGAGGAAGAAAGGCUGAGGAUGAGGGAGCAUGUCAUGAAAAACGUGGAUACAAAUAAAGACCGGCUCGUCAGCCUGGAGGAGUUCCUCAAAUCCACUGAGAAGAAGGAGUUCAAUAAUCCCAAAGAGUGGGAGACUCUGGAUACCAAGCCGAUGUACACAGAGGAGGAGCUCCAGCGAUUUGAGGCUGAGCUCAGGGAUAAAGAGGAGGAGCUGAAGAGGAGGGCAGAGACUCUGCGUCAGGAGCAGGAGCUGCUGAAGGAGAGAGGCAAAGCCCUGGAGGCCCAGAGGAGAGAAUACCAGCAGGCAGUACUAGAAAUGUCUCAGAGACAGAAAGAACAGCCGGCAGCAGAUGGGCAGCCUCCUGCGGGUCCUAAUGGAGAACUCCAGUUUCAAGCACAGACACAAAAGCCUGAAGACACAGAGGCAAAAGCUCCAGCUGAACAUGAACCUGAAGUCCAGCAGAAUAAUCUGCCCGCAGAGCCUCCACAGAAUCUGCCUAUACACACUUAAUGCACUCGGACAGCCUUAACACACAUACACACACGCAGCACGCACGCACACACACACACACACACACACACACACACACACACACAUUUGGAGUUGCACUGACACAGAUAUCCAGAUGGGUUCUGCAAACUGAAUUAUGUGAAUACUGUGUGUAUAAAAUCCGACAGACCGGCUUGUUUAUCAUGACGUAUUGUACUGUGUGCUCAUUUCUGUGGUCUACAUUAGAUUAAAGAUCUCAAAACAGCAGAUAUUAGUACAUGUAUUCUCAGAAAAUCUUCAGUUUCAGUGAAACUGUCAUUCAUGCAGGGUCUUCAGUGUCAAAUCACAAACAUCCUCAAAUAAAGUCCUUAUUUAAAACCUCUAAA